GAAAUGAAUUGUUUAGCUGAUAACGAUAAUUUAAUAAUAUUUUUACAAUUGUUAAAUAUUAGCACUGCAACUUGGCCACUACAAUCAGACACUAACAUUUUAAAAAAAAUUUUAUAUGGAUUAUUAUGGUGGAGUUAUGCUAUUAAUGGUACAACUUCCAUAAUGGCAUUACUGAGGGGUUUUUCUUAUUAUCGUCAAGAUAUCGUAAAUAUGAUGAAAUCAAUAGUAGAAUUUGUAUACAUAUGCGAAUCACUUUUCAACUUAUGCUACUGCACAUUGCAAAAAUCCAAUUUCAAGAUGCUCAUAGAUGAUAUGAAACAAUUAUCAGCAAAAUCAACUCCUUUUGAAUUAACUCUGAGACGUAAUAAUUUAAAAACGACGAGCUUAUUUUUAGGAUUUAUGUUUACCCUCUUCUUCAGUGGUGGUUCAAUUUUUGUAUUUGCUCCGUCAAUAAUACACAACAGAGAGAUACCACUCAAUACAAUGUAUCCAUUUCCAUUAACAAAAAAAUGGGCGAUGUAUCUUGUGUAUAUAUUAAACACAUAUACAGUUAUGCAAGCAUUUUGUGCUAUCAGUGUUGACUUGUUGGUAAUUGCAAUAUUAAGUAACGCAGCUUUUAAAUUUAUCAUACUUGGGAUUAAAUUGCAAAACAUUACCAAUGAUACUGAACUGAAAAAUUUUGUUAUUGAACAUCAAGAUGCUAUCAGAUAUGUCACAAUAAUAGAUAAUACUGUUACACCCAUCCUUGUUAAAUCCAUAGUAGCAGCAUGCACAUAUUUAAUUACAUGUAGUUUGUUGUUGUUAAAUGUAAGUACUACUUUUUUGAUUUUAAUUCUUUAA